GAGGCCCGCGCCCAACUAUUGGCUGUGGAGGCGCGUGCGCGGAGAGGCUCAUCUCGUGGCAACACCUACUUCCCCUCCCACAGUGUCUGGCUCGCGUCAUGGCUGCCGCCACUGCUCUAGAGGAGGCGGCGGCGCCUAUGAGCGCCCUGUGUGGCCUCGUGCAAGACUUCGUCAUGGGUCAGCAGGAGGGCCCCGCUGACCAGGUGGCUGCAGAUGUGAAAUCCGGUGGCUAUACAGUGUUACAAGUGGUAGAAGCCCUUGGGUCAUCUCUGGAGAGUCCAGAACCCCGAACUCGGGCACGAGGAAUCCAGCUUUUGUCCCAGGUGCUACUCCAGUGUCACUCCCUGCUCCUGGAGAAGGAAGUGGUACAUCUGAUCCUGUUCUAUGAGAACCGGCUGAAGGACCAUCAUCUUGUGAUCCCAUCUGUCCUGCAGGGCCUGAGGGCACUGAGCCUGUCUGUGGCCCUGCCCCCUGGGCUUGCUGUGUCUGUGCUUAAAGCCAUCUUCCAGGAGGUUCAUGUACAGUCCCUGCUACAAGUGGAUCGCCAUACAGUGUUCAGUAUCAUCACUAACUUCAUGCGAUCACGGGAAGAAGAGCUGAAGGGCCUAGGAGCUGAUUUCACAUUUGGCUUCAUCCAGGUGAUGGAUGGAGAAAAGGAUCCCCGUAAUCUUUUGGUGGCUUUCCGAAUUGUCCAUGACCUCAUCUCCAAGGACUAUAGUCUGGGACCUUUUGUGGAGGAGUUAUUUGAAGUGACAUCUUGUUAUUUCCCUAUAGAUUUUACCCCUCCACCUAAUGAUCCCUAUGGCAUCCAGAGAGAUGAUCUCAUCCUGAGUCUCCGUGCUGUGCUGGCUUCUACACCACGUUUUGCUGAGUUCUUACUGCCUCUGCUGAUUGAGAAGGUGGAUUCUGAAAUUUUAAGUGCCAAGCUGGAUUCUCUGCAAACUCUGAGUGCUUGCUGUGCUGUGUACGGACAGAAGGAACUGAAGGACUUCCUCCCCAGCCUUUGGGCUUCUAUCCGUAGAGAGGUGUUCCAGACGGCAAGCGAGCGAGUAGAGGCAGAGGGCCUGGCGGCCCUCCACUCCCUGACUGCCUGUCUGUCCUGCUCCGUGCUGAGGGCUGAUGCUGAGGACCUCCUUGACUCCUUCCUCAGCAACGUUCUACAGGACUGCAGGCACCAUCUAUGUGAACCAGACAUGAAACUGGUAUGGCCUAGUGCCAAGCUGUUGCAGGCCGCUGCGGGUGCGUCUGCCCGGGCCUGUGAGCACAUCACCAGGAACGUGCUUCCCUUGCUGCUGGAACAGUUCCACAAGCACAGUCAGAGCAACCAGCGGCGGACAAUACUUGAGAUGAUCCUGGGUUUCUUAAAGCUACAGCAGAAAUGGAGCUAUGAAGAGAAAGAUGAAAGGCCUCUGACUAGCUUCAAGGACCAGCUGUGCUCCUUGGUGUUCAUGGCUCUCACAGACCCCAGCACGCAGCUUCAGCUUGUUGGCAUCCGGACACUCACAGUGUUGGGUGCUCAGCCAGAUCUCCUAUCUUCUGGGGACUUGGAGCUGGCAGUAGGUCAUCUGUACCGACUGAGCUUCCUGGAGGAAGAUUCCCAGAGUUGUAGGGCAGCUGCACUGGAGGCCUCAGGAACCCUGACCGCACUCUAUCCUGGAGCCUUCAGCAGCCACCUGCUACCCAAGCUUGCUAAGGAGCUGCAGAGAGGGGAGUCAGAUGUGGCUAGAGAGGAUGGUCUCAUGAAAUGUUCCCGGCAUUUCUGCUGUCUGCAAGCUUUGUCAGCCAUUUCAACACAUCCUAGCGUUGUCAAGGAGACACUGCCUCUGCUGCUGCAGCAUCUCUGUCAGGCAAACAAAGGGAAUGUGGUUACAGAGCCCAGUGAAGUUAUUGCUGUCUGUCAGAGUCUCCAACAGGUGGCAGAAAAAUGCCAGCAGGACCCUGAGAGCUACUGGUAUUUCCACAAGACAGCUGUGCCUUGCCUGUUUGGUUUGGCUGUCCAGGCUUCCAUGCCAGAGAAGGAAUCCUCAGUUCUGAGAAAAGUCCUGUUGGAGGAUGAGGUCUUGGCUGCCUUGGCAUCUGUCAUUGGAACUGCCACUACCCACCUGAGCCCUGAAUUAGCUGUCCAGAGUGUCACAUGCAUCAUGCCCCUCUUCUUAGAGGGUAACACCUCCUUUCUACCUGAGAACAGCUUCCCAAGCCGAUUCCAGCCAUUCCAGGAUGGCUCCUCUGCACAGAGGCGACUGGUUGCACUGCUUACCGCUUUUGUGUGCUCCCUGCCACGAAAUGUGGAAAUCCCUCAGCUGACCCGGCUCAUGCAGGAGCUCCUGGAGCAGAGCUGCUGCCACGGCUGCCCCUUCUCUUCCACUGCCGCUGCCAAGUGCUUCGCAGGACUCCUCAACAAGCACCCUCCAGGGCAGCAGUUGGAUGAGUUCCUCCAGCUUGCUGUGGACACAGUAGAGACUGGCCUGGCCUCUGGAUCCUCUCGUAAUCAGGCCUUCACACUGCUGCUCUGGGUAACGAAGGCUUUAGUCCUCAGAUACCACCCUCUCAGCACCUGCCUUACCUCCCGGCUCACAGGCCUCCUCAGUGAUCCAGAACUAGGCCCUGCAGCUGCUGAUGGCUUCUCUCUGCUCAUGUCUGACUGCACUGAUGUGUUGACUCGUGCCGGCCAUGCUGAUGUUCGGAUUAUGUUCCGCCAGCGGUUCUUCACAGACAAUGUGCCUGCUUUGGUCCAAGGCUUCCAUGCUGCUCCCCAAGAUGUGAAGCCAAACUAUCUAAAGGGUCUGUCUCAUGUACUCAACAGGCUGCCCAAGCCUGUGCUUUUACCAGAGUUGCCCACACUCCUUUCCUUGCUGCUGGAGGCACUGUCCUGCCCUGAUUCCGUGGUCCAGCUUUCCACUCUGAGCUGUCUCCAGCCCCUUCUACUGGAAGCACCCCAAAUCAUGAGUCUUCAUGUUGAUACUCUGGUCACCAAAUUCCUGGCCCUCAGCUCCAGUCAUUCAAUGGCUGUCCGGAUUGCUGCUCUGCAGUGUAUGCAUGCUCUGACUCGCCUGCCAGCUCCUGUGCUACUGCCGUACAAAUCACGGGUGAUCCGGGCCUUAGCCAAGCCCCUGGAUGACAAGAAGAGACUUGUGCGCAAGGAAGCAGUGUCUGCAAGGGGAGAGUGGUUUCUACUGGGGAGCCCAGGCAGCUGAGCCCUCCAUCCUGGCCUAGACCCUUCUGACAAUCUAACCUGCAAGUACUAACCUAUGAGCCAUCCUACAAGGCAAGGAGACUACUGGCCUGUCUUCCCCAUGGAUGCAGUACAAAUGCUGGGCCUCUCCUGCAUGGCUGUACAAGACACUUAAGCGUCCUGAUUUCUAAUGGACUGUUGAAGAAACUGAGUGAGACUUGUAUUUGAGGGUAAGAUGUUGGAUCUUGAGGCUCUCCUAUAUCCUAUGUCAGGAAAAGGGAGCUGUCCUGCUGAAGGGUGAAUGGUUGAGUGGGACCUUGUGGGCCAGGGAUGGUGUUACGUGUGUAUACCUGCCAGAGAAUAAAGGUUUUGUUGUUGUUGUU